AUGAACGAUGCACUCUCUCUCUUACUUCAAAGGACGCAUCAUCUGACGAGUUAUAAAUCCAGGUAUCAGGUUUUCGCCGAUGUUCUUAAAUCAUGUGGCUUAACAUCAGAUACCACCUUGGGCAAAUCUUUGCAUAGUCUUGUUAUCAAGCAAGGGCAUAAUUCGUGCUCCUUCGUUUCGAAAGCUUUGCUGAAUAUGUACGCUAAAUGCAAAGUUCUUGAAGACGCCCACAAACUGUUUGAUGAAAUUACUGUUCGAGAUACUGUUACUUGGAACAUUCUUUUGUCGGGUUUUGCUGGUUCGAGGUUUCAUGAUCAUAAGGUGAUGGGGUUGUUUAAUACGAUGCGGCACUCUGAUCGGGAUAAUAAACCGAGCCCUGUGACUCUUGCUAUUGUUAUUCCUGUCUGCACGCGUUCUGGCGCUGUGGUUGCUAAAAAGAGUAUGCAUGGAUAUGUAAUAAAGUCUGGAAUGGAAUCGCAGACACUGGUAGGAAAUGCAUUAGUGUCGAUGUAUGCAAAAUCCGGACUUGUUUUAGAUGCAUCUGUUGUGUUCGAUGGAAUUGCUGACAAAGAUGUUGUUUCGUAUAAUGCAGCUAUUGCAGGUUUAGCCGAGAAUAAGCUCGUUGAUGAUGCGUUUCGGCUCUUUUAUGAGAUGAUUAAAGGUCCUGUAAUGCCUAAUUACGCCACCUUCACAAAUAUAUUGCCUUUGUGUGCUGCUUUACCUAACGCUGUCGGUGAUAUACUGGGAAAGGAGAUGCAUUGCUAUGUUUUGCGACGUGCUGAGUUGGAACAUGAAACUGUUGUAAUUAACGCUCUUUUAAGCUUUUAUUUGAGGAUUGGCCGAAUAAGAGAAGCACAAUGUUUGUUUGGGAGGAUGAAAUUUAGAGACUUGGUUUCAUGGAACUCAUUUAUAGCUGGGUGUGCUUCAAAUGGUCAAUGGUUGAAAGCGUUGGGCGCUUUUCGUGAGUUGGUUAAUAUGAAGAUGAUUCGUCUGGAUUCUGUCACUGUGAUUAGCAUUCUUCCUGUUUGUGUACAGUUAUUUAAUCUGCAAUUGGGAAAGGAAAUACAUGGGUAUGUUUUGCGGCGUCGAACACUACACGAGGAUAUAUCAAUUGGGAAUGCAUUGAUUAACUUGUAUGCAAAAUGUUGCUGCACAGAGUCAGCUUUCAGUUUAUUUUUGCUUAUUCCUCGAAAGGAUUUGAUAUCGUGGAAUACCAUGCUCGAUGCUUUUGGAGUAAAUCGACUCGAAACUCAGUUUGCUGACCUGUUAUAUUGGAUGUUUCUGGAUGGAAUAAAACCUGAUGCGGUUACUAUAUUAACUGUGGUGCAGUUCUGUGCGAGCUUUUCAAGAAUAAAAAAUGUUAAAGAAACUCAUGGGUUUUCAUUGAGAUCCAGCGUUUUACUUAGAGAUAGCGAACUGACUCUUGGAAACGCAUUGCUUGAUGCAUAUGCCAAAUGUGGAAACAUGGAUUAUGCAUCGAAAUUGUUCGACAACUUAUCCGGAAAGAGGAACGUAGUGACAUGCAAUUCAAUGAUUUCGGGAUAUUUGAGCCACGGUUCACACGACGAAGCACAUAUUAUAUUCGAGAAAAUGUCUGAGAGGGAUCUCACUACUUGGAAUCUCAUGGUACGAGGCUACGCUCAAAACGAGUGUCCUAAUGAAGCUCUCAAUCUGUUUCACGAGUUGCAGUUCAAUGGAAUCAGGCCUGACGCCAUGACUAUAAUGAGUGUCCUUCCUGUUUGUGGUCAAAUGGCUUCGAUUCAUUUGCUGAGACAGUGUCAUGGAUAUAUUGUUCGGGCUUGUUUCGAGGAUGCUCAUUUAAAGGCAGCUCUUUUAGACGUGUAUUCAAAAUGUGGAAGCGUAAAAAGUGCACACAAGCUCUACAAAUCAACUCCAAAGAAAGAUCUUGUUGUGUUCACUGCUAUGGUUGGAGGGUUUGCUAUGCAUGGAAUGGGCGAAGAAGCUAUUAGGGUCUUCGACCAUAUGCUCGAGUGUGGUAUCGAACCAGACCAUGUUGUAAUAACUGCCGUUUUAUCUGCUUGCCGUCAUGCAGGUCUUAUUAAUGAAGGAUUGGUGAUUUUUAAUUCAAUAGAACAAGUGCAUCAUAUGAAACCGAGCAUGGAGCAGUAUGCUUGUCUGGUGGAUCUCCUUGGUCGAGGAGGCCGAAUUAAAGAAGCGUUUUCUUUUCUAAAUCGAAUGCCUAUCGCAGCUAAUGCUAAUAUAUGGGGUUCACUUCUCGGUGCUUGCAAGACUCACCACGAUGUGGAUAUGGGUCGUGUUGUGGCCGAUCACCUUUUGAAAAUACAAACUAACGACAUUGGAAACUACGUAGUUUUGUCGAAUCUAUAUGCUGCAGAUGCUAAGUGGGAUGGUGUGUUGGAGAUGCGGAGGUUGAUGAAGACGAGAGACCUGAAAAAGCCAGCUGGUUGUAGUUGGAUCGAAGUGGGAAGUAGUAAAAACAUAUUUGUAGCUGGAGAUUAUUCUCACCCAGACAGGAGCAUCAUUUUUAGCAUAUUGAAUCACCUCGACAAACAGAUCAAAGAGCUAUAUAAGUCACCUGAUAUUUGA